UGCAGCUACCACCCAGAGUGCCGCCAACUACCCAGAGUGCCAGCCUAACUCCAGGUGCAGCCACCCACAGGUAGACUACCCACAGUGCCAGCCUAACUACCCAGAGUGCCAGCCAACUACUCCACAGUGCCAGCCAAACUACCCAGAGUGCCAGCCUAAUCCAGAGUGCUGCAGGUGCCAGCCAAACUACCCAGGUGCCACCCAAACUGACCCAGAGUGCCAGCCUAAUCACCCAGAGUGCCAGCCUAACUACCCAGAGUGCCAGCCAACCACCCACAGUGCCAGCCAAACUGCCCAGGUGCCACACUACCACGCGCUAACUACCCAGAGUGCCAGCCUAACUACCCACAGUGCCAGCCAACUACCACAGUGCCAGCCUAACUACCCACAGUGCCAGCCAACACCACAGUGCCAGCCUAAUCACCCACGUGCCAGCCACCACAGGCGCUACAGCAGUAACUACUCCACAGUGCCAGCCUAA